AUGCUCCCACCCAGCUCUUUGCUGCUUGUCGCCUCUCUGUUGGUGGGCGCGAACGCUGAUGGGAUCUACACCAAAAAGUCACCGGUGCUUCAACUGAACCAGAAGACUUAUGGCUCGUUGAUUGCCAACUCGAAUUACACUUCAAUCGUCGAAUUUUACGCUCCCUGGUGUGGUCAUUGUCAGAGCUUGAAACCGGCCUAUGAGAAAGCUGCCACCAACCUAAACGGCUUGGCCAGAGUGGCCGCCGUCAACUGCGAUGAGGAUGAGAACAAACCCUUCUGCGGCCAGAUGGGCGUGCAAGGAUUCCCGACCCUGAAAAUCGUCACCCCCGGCAAGAAACCCGGAAAGCCCAAAGUUGAGGACUAUCAAGGCGCACGCACCGCCAAAGCUAUUGUUGACACAGUCGUUGACCGAAUCCCCAAUCACGUCAAGCGUGCCACGGACAAGGACCUGGACAAUUGGCUUGGCCAGAACGAGGAGCGACCCAAGGCUAUUCUUUUCACAGAGAAGGGCACCACAAGUGCCUUGAUUCGAGCCUUGGCUGUUGACUUCCUCGGCGCCAUUGAUGUUGCCCAGGUGCGCAGCAAGGAAGCCGCCUCUGUAAAGAAGUAUGGCGUGUCAGAAUUCCCCGCGCUGGUCGUGGUUCCCGGUAGCGAUGUGGAAGCCCAGCUGUAUGAGGGCGAACUUAAGAAGCAGCCCAUCCUAGAAUUCCUUGGUCAAUUCGCUUCGCCGAACCCAGACGCCACCGGCAAAGCCGCCUCUGCCUCUACAGACAAGUCCAAGUCCAAGUCCAAGUCCAAGCCCAAGGCCAAGCAGCCGCCAAAGCAGCCAGAGACUGAAGAUGACGCACCGUCGGACGAAAGUGAAGAGCCCGUGGCCAAACCCGUUCAGGAGCCGGAAUCAAUUCCUCCCCUCUCAACACUCGCUACUGCCGAAUCUCUCGAGUCAUCCUGCCUAGCCCCGAAAUCGUCUACCUGUGUUCUUGUUCUUCUCCCAGAGACAAGUGAGGCAGAUGCCGAGCUCCCCUCCGCUGCCACCGAUGCUCUGUCCAGCCUGGCAGAGAUCGAACACAAGCAUUCCUUGCGUGGUGCCCGCCUCUUCCCCGCUUACUCGGUGCCGGGCGUCAACACUGGAUCCCAAGCGCUGCGCACCGCAUUGGGCCUGGAGGAUAACAAGAACGUGGAGAUUAUCGCCAUCAACGCCCGCCGUGGAUGGUGGCGCCGGUAUGGCAAUGCCGAGGACUUCGGCAUCGCCGCCGUUGAGAGCUGGGUUGAUGCUAUCCGCCUCGGUGAAGGUACGAAGGAGAAGCUACCUGAGGGUAUCGUUCGUGACGACGAGGCCGAAGCUCAGGAAAAGAAAGCAGAGGCCGACGCGGAACAUGAUGAGCUGUAA